ACACAAUCUUGGAACAAUAGAAAAAUCAUUUCUUACUUCUAUCUGAUAAUCUUUUCCUAAUCCUUUCAAAUAAUUAAUGGAGCGAAAAAUAAUCUUAAUUAUUACCAUAUUAUUGAUCUGUAUUUCCAAACUCUAUGGAACUGAAGCAGUUAUGCACUUCGAAUCAUAUAACUGUUCUGACCAUCAUGGCAACUACAGUGAGGGAAGUGUCUACCAACACAAUAUGAAUAUCCUUUUCAAAAAUUUCUCAUCCCAAACACCGACCCGACGAUUUUAUAAUUCCACGUUCGGCGAUUCCCCUAACAAAGUUUAUGGCCUUUAUCAAUGUCGAGAGGGGAUGGUGCUUGAGAUUUGCAGCCAGUGUAUUAAAGAAGCAACACAGAAGAUUACAGAAGGGUGUCAUUUAUUCAGUGAAGGUAUUGUUUGGUUCGAUGAAUGCGUGCUAAGGUACGCUAAUCGAUCUAUUUUCUCUUUAGCCGAAGUAUCUCCAUCCACCGCUGGGUACUAUGAAGAAACUGUGUCCAACUAUGAUAAGUUACGGCCGGUAAUAGAAGAUAAAUUAAGUACUGUUAUUGAUCAGGCUGUUCGUACAACUGAUCAGGUACAUUUUGGUAGCACAUACGCUAAUUAUACAUCAACCGAUAAGGUGUAUUUGUUCGCGCAGUGUACUCCUGAUAUAGAUAGUUUCAGUUGUAAGAAGUGCUUGAAAACUGGUUUAGCUGAUAUUUAUGCUUACUACAACAUGAGUAAGGGAGUUACUACCUUUUAUCCAAGCUGUCAAUUAGGGUAUGAUACUGUAUUAUCUCUGCUCUUAUAUCUAUUGCCACCUCCUGCUUCUCCCAAAUCUACGUCAGUUCCAGCAAAACUAAAGAGCAACUAUAAUGCAAGCAAAAGAAAAGUAUCAACCAAGUUGAUCAUGGGCAUUACUAUUCCAGUGUUUAUUAUCUCAACAUGUGCAGUUAUAAUACUAGCUUUUCUAAUUUGCACUAAUAAGACUAAGAUACUCAAGAAGUACAAAGAUGAACCUGUUGCAAGUGGUUCCGACAUCAUACUCCUGGAGUCCUUGCACUAUGAUAUAGCAACACUUCAAUUUGCGACCAAGAACUUUUCAAAAGAGAAAAAAUUAGGGGAAGGUGGAUUUGGUAGCGUUUAUCAGGGUACACUACCAAAUGGACAACAAAUAGCAGUGAAGAGGUUGUCCAAAGGUUCUUACCAAGGUGUCGAAGAAUUUACCAAUGAGGUAUUGUUGGUUACUAAACUUGAACACAGGAAUUUAGUUAGAAUUUUGGGAUUUUGUCUCGCGGAUGAGGAGAAGCUUCUAGUCUACGAAUAUGUGGCCAAUAAAAGUUUGGACUAUCAUCUUUUCGAUAAUGAAAAACAUAGAAUUUUGAAUUGGAAAACACGCUACCAGGUUAUAGCAGGAAUUGCUCGAGGGAUGCUAUAUCUCCACAAAGAUUCCCGACUUAAAAUUAUUCAUCGUGAUUUAAAACCAAGCAACGUCUUGUUAGAUGAAAAAAUGAACCCAAAAAUUUCAGAUUUUGGUAUGGCAAGGAUUUUCGGUAUGGAUCAAAGUGGAGCGAAUACAAGCAGAAUAGUCGGAACAUAUGGUUAUAUGGCACCUGAAUAUGUACUUCGAGGUCAAUUUUCAGAAAAAUCAGAUGUGUAUAGUUUUGGUGUUCUCGUGUUAGAAAUCAUUAGCGGCCAGAGGAACAGUAACUUUAACCAAUCUGAUGCAGUGGAACUUCUAAGCUACGCGUGGAAGAAAUGGAGAGAUGGUAAACCUUUGGAAUUUGUGGAUUCAAGAAUAAAAGAAUCCUGCUCAAGUAAUGAAGUAUUAAGAUGCAUGCAACUGGGCUUACUAUGUGUCCAAGAGAUUGUGAAUGACAGGCCCACCAUGGAAACAGCUGUUCUCGUGUUGCACAGUAAUUCAUUCACACUUCCAAUGCCGGUAGAGCCCAUUUUUUAUAAUUGGGAUACCAGAAAAUCUAACUCCCUUGGAACCAUUAAUCCAUAUCAUCAAUACAUUAAGAAUUCAAUGCCAUUGUCUACAAAUGAUCUAUCUGUAAGUGAAAUUUCAUAUGCAAAUUGUUGGGUUGGUUUUAGACAUGGAGCUCAUGAAAAGAGAAGACACAUCAAGGAAGCUAUCAAAUGGAUCCCAGAAUGCAUGGUACGGUAUGCAAAUCAUAAUAUAAUUUCCAAGGAAGAGGAAUACCCAUUCUAUAGUUGGAUGAUAGGCUAUCAAAAUAUCUUCAACGACUCAAAACCGAUCAACCAUAUGCCUUUUGAAGCCUCUGAGUUACCAUUCCACUUCAAUAAAUCGGAUGUAAUUCAUGGCUUAAUCAAUGCAACUGCUUUCGGCCACAGCCCAUCAGCAAAAAUGAUGACUCGUUAUUAUGCUACAAGAGAAGACAAGUUGGAUAGUUGGCGACCUCAGACAUUCUAUUCUCUUGCACAAUGCACUCCUGACUUAAGUCCAGGGUUGUGCUUUCAGUGCCUUCGACGAGCCUUCGAUAAACUUUCCUGCUGUCGAGAGAAUUUACAAGCUGUAGUUUACUUACCAAGUUGUCAAUUAAGAUAUGAUACUGCGAGAUUUUUUGAGAUACCAUCUUCGGACAGUCAAGAUAGACACCCAACCAAGCAUCAUCUGAAAGGUGCUGAAAGCGCUGUCAAGAGCAUAGCUAUACCAAUGUCGAUUCCAACAAUCCUAAUUAUAUCGCUUCUAUCUGCUUUGUGCUAUUCAUUACGGAAGAAGAAAUUCAAGACAGAAUACCAUUGUAAGUACAUUAUAUUGUUUGUUCUUAUGGUAACUGCAUCAAUAUAUGAUGCUACUAAUUAUGGAGAUAUCAUAACUAUGGAUUGCUUGCAUUAUGAUGUUAAUACAAUCAAAGAAGCAACACAAAGCUUUUCUGAAGAUAACAAACUUGGUCAAGGUGGAUUUGGUGAUGUUUACAAGGGAACGCUCAACACAGGUGAAGAGAUAGCUGUGAAGCGGCUCUCACCAGAAUCGCAACAGGGUAUUCAAGAAUUUGAAACCGAAGUUUUGCUUAUUGCUAAGCUUCAGCAUAAAAAUCUAGUCAAACUCUUGGGAUUUUGUGUGGCACCUGAGGAGAAGCUGUUAAUUCUUGAAUACCUACCAUAUUUAAGUUUAGACCACCAUUUAUUUGACCUUGAAAAACGUGCAUGUUUACAUUGGGAGAUACGGUAUAAGAUCAUAGAUGGAAUAACUAAAGGGUUGCUUUAUCUUCAUGAGGAUUCAAGGUACAAGAUUGUACAUCGAGAUCUAAAACCUAGCAAUAUUUUGCUAGACAAAGACAUGAAUCCCAAAAUAGCUGACUUUGGAAUGGCAAAGCUCUUUGGAGAGGAUGAAAUGCAAUGUAUUAGUAAAAGAAUUGCAGGCACACGUGGUUAUAUGGCCCCUGAAUAUGCAAGGAGCGGAAGCUUAUCAUUCAAAUCAGACAUCUAUAGCUUUGGAGUUCUUGUUCUUGAAAUAGUGAGCGGUCAGAGAAUAAGGAAAGUUUCAUUCAACAAUAUUCCUAAACAAGAAGAGGGGCUAGUACAAUGUGCAUGGAGGCUAUGGAAUGCUAAAGAACCCUUAGCGUUUGUGGACUCUAUAUUAGAGGGAAGCUUUUCGGAAAACGAGGCAACAAAAUGUAUACAAAUAGGUUUAUCAUGCGUGCAAGAAGAUGCUGAAAAGAGGCCUACAAUAAAAUCAAUUGUUUCAAUGCUCAAUAGUCAUCCUAACAAUCACUUUCCUGAACUACAGAGAGAAGGGAGUCAUAACUCAAUAUCUGAAAGUUGUUUAUCAGAAGGGCAGUAUCCAUCUACUUGGAUCUAUUCAGGAACAGAAAAUAUCACAACCUUGACUUCUCGUUGACGUACGCAUCAGCUA